AUGCCUCUCUCAGUGCAAUCAGAGUCAAUUGGAUUGAAAAACGGUUCAGGCCCAUUUUCAGUACAUGAACGGACACUUCAUCCUGAUAUCCGAGGAGGCAACGUACAGGCUCAGACUCGGUGCUCGAAGUCGAUAGCUUACUCUGGAAGCCUUGACAUGUAUCCACAUCAAGACCUCACGCCAGUCAUUGGGCGAGAAUAUAUGGACCUUCAAGUCACAGACCUGCUCAUGGGUCUUGACCGCGAUCGACAAAUCAGGGAUCUUGCUGUGAAUAUUUCCCAACGUGGAGUUGUUUUUCUGCGUGAUCAGGACAUUAGCCCAACACAAAUGCGCGAAUUUUGUGAGAGCCUGAGUGUCCUUGCGGGUUGUCCUGAAUCCUCUGGGCUGCAUAUUCAUCCCUUAACUGAAGAAGGCAGCGAACUUGGUGACCAGAUCAGCGUUAUCAGUUCCGAGAAGCAGAAGCGCGGCGGUGGUCUCACUCACCAGCUCUCUGACACUUCCCGAUACGCAAGUGUCGGAUGGCACACAGAUAUAAGUUUCGAGAAGGUUCCCUCAGAUUAUGCCAUGCUCAAAAUCCACAGUCUCCCACCAACCGGAGGGGAUACCUUGUGGGCAUCAGGGUAUGCUGUCUAUGACCGACUCUCGCCGGCUAUGCAGGUCUUCCUGGAGGGACUAACCGCCACCCAUGAUGCAAAGUUCUUUUUGGAAGAGAGCAGUAGAUUGGGCAAUCCGUUACGAAAGGGUCAGCGUGGCAGUCCUCUCAACUAUGGCGACAGCCUCACUGCAACACAUCCAGUUAUCCGAACGAAUCCUGUUACUGGUUGGAAGUCGGUGUAUGUAAACAAGGGCUUCACGAAACGCAUCAACGGGGUGUCCAAAGAUGAGAGUGAUUUGUUGUUGAAUUAUUUGUUCAACUUGGUAGUCCAGAACCAUGACCUGCAAGUGCGCUGGAAGUGGAGCAAAAAUGCUCUAGCGAUUUGGGAUAACCGGAGUCAGUUGCAUUGCGCAACGUAUGAUUAUAUCGAGGCCCGGGCUGGUGACCGAGUGGCAGCGCUUGGGGAAGCUCCAUAUCUCGAUGUCAAUUCGAAGAGUAGAAGGGAAGCUUUGAAUCAAGCCACCACCAGACUUUAG